UUUUUUCUUCGUUCAAACUUAAAAUAUGUGCGUGCUUCAUAAUUAUCGUAUAAAUAAUUUAUAAAGUAAUUCAGAGUCAUGAAUAAGUCAUGCGAUAUAACCCCACUGUAACAUUAUUGUUUGAUGGAGUGAAGGGAAAAAUAAUACACGCGGAGAUCCAAGAGAAAUACUCUCUCGUAAAUAAUUUUUUUUAUCUCUGUGCGGAAAAUGUGUGAAUCAUUUUGUGUACUUUGUCAUACGCUUGGUAUCGCGUCAUUCUAAGAAUGUUGUUAUCGCAUUGAUCUCAGCAGCACAAGCACAACAGCGGCAACGCACAAUUAACAAUAAGCCUUCCUUAUCGAGCGUUCCAAGCGCUCUAAUAAUAUUUCUCGCGCAAUAACAACGCGACAUAAAUAAUAUUGCAUUGUUGCAUCGUACAUCGCUAAAUGAGGCCGCGGAGUACAGUGUCAGUAGUAAUUAGUAGAUCCCGAUUUGCGCUACAUCGCGAUCGAUGGCUUCGUUGUGCGUGUUAAUGUAAAUACUGCCAACGUAUGAUUUACCUCGAUAAAAAUAAUUGUGGUGGCAUGGUGGCAUGCACGUUAAACGCACGAAAAUGCUCUGAUAAGAUAUCGUCGACGGUUCUGAUGCACAGUUUUUCGUCAGGAUAAAUACGCUUCAACAAUAUGGAUUUGACAGUGAGAAACGUUAUCGAAUGGACAUGCACCGAUGUAAAGAUAUGGCUCAUAAGAAAUGGUUACGAGGAGUAUGCAGAUUUAUUUUAUUUUCACGAAAUUGAUGGAAAAGUCUUGUUGACUCUAAAGGAAGAAGACUUAAAAUCAAGUAUUUUGAGUAUAAAGAAAAUUGGUGCUAUAAAAAAAUUAUAUCUCACUAUAAAACAAUUGCAAAGAGACAAUGUUGCCGCUUUAUUCGACUUGGGAUAUAUGGAUUUGUCUCCUUCGCCAAAUUUUUAUACUCCGCCGAAACAUGAAAUGUCCACUACUGGUUUAAAUAAUGAGGGAUCUAUAGAGCACGAGUUUUAUUCAGCUUCUGUAUCAGACGAUGGACAUGCUUCUCAUUUACCACCUGAAAUUUGGAAGACAGUUAUUAGUUUGGGAUAUUUGUUUAUCGUCACAUGGAUAACUGCCUUUGUGAUGGUUAUUGUCCAUGACAGAGUGCCUGAUAUGAAGAAGUAUCCUCCAUUGCCAGAUAUAUUCUUAGAUAAUGUACCUCAUAUCCCUUGGGCAUUCGAUAUGUGUGAGGUCACUGGAACUUUGCUCUUUGCAAUAUGGCUUGUUGUGCUUAUAUUUCACAAGUAUAGAUUCAUUUUACUACGGCGAUUUUUCGCAUUGUCGGGCACAGUCUUCCUAUUAAGAUGCGUAACAAUGAUCAUUACUUCGUUAUCGGUGCCGGGUGCGCAUCUACAAUGUCAACCACGUAAAGUCCCAGAAGAUUGGUCAAGUUCUGCAUAUAUCGAGUUGUAUAAUAAAAUAGCAAUGGCUUAUGUUAUUUGGCGAGGUGCCGGUAUGUCUAUUCAAGGUGUAAGAACUUGUGGAGAUUACAUGUUUAGUGGACAUACGGUAGCAUUAACUAUGCUUAAUUUUUUCAUCACAGAAUAUACUCCAAGACACUUGUAUUUUUUGCAUACUUUUACAUGGAUGCUCAAUAUGUUUGGUAUUUUCUUCAUUCUAGCGGCGCAUGAGCAUUAUUCCAUUGACGUUUUCGUAGCAUUUUAUAUAACUUCCCGAUUAUUCCUUUAUUAUCAUACUUUAGCGAACAAUCAAGCAUUGAUGCAGCGCGACUCGAAUAGAACUAGAAUCUGGUUUCCAUUAUUUAGCUUUUUUGAAUCAUCCGUUGAUGGUAUUGUUCCUAAUAAAUACGAAUCGCCGUCCUUGAUAGUUUGCAAUUUAGCGGACAUGGGGAAGAACAUUUGGCAAUGCAUGCGAUCUUGGGUUUACUUCCGAAAAAUGCAAUGCAACGUAAACGGCAAUUUAAAUAGCACAAAGAAAGAACGCUAAUGUCGUACCGAUCCUUUUUUUCUUUUUUCUAUUUCUGUGUAUCUUUAAAGUAAAAAUAUGAUGCGGGAGAACCGUCACUGAUUUCUUGCUCGAUUGUGAUUAUAUAUAUAAAAAAACGUGAUACAAGUAACAAUUCUUUGAAACAGAUUGCACAUUCCUACCUUUCAAAAAA